AUGUCUGAAGUAGGUACCCACAGGAGACUCCAAUUAUCUGAGUUGGAGGAACUUAGGAAUGAUGCAUAUGAGAGUGCAAAGAUCUAUAAGGAGAAGACAAAGGUCUUCCAUGAUAGACACAUUAUUAGGAAGUCGUUCCAGGUGGGUGACAAGGUCUUGUUGUACAAUUCCCGGUUACAUUUAUUCCCUAGUAAAUUGAGAUCUAGAUGGGUUGGGCCCUACAUUGUUAAGUCUGUUUUUCGUCAUGGGGCUAUUGAGAUUUUGAAUCCAAGUACAAAAGCUGUUUCUAAGGUGAAUGGCCAGAGAUUGAAACCAAUUUUGGAAUUACCUUCUGAUAGAGUAGUAGAGGUCAUGGAUCUCUAUGAACCUCUUUAUUUUGAUGAUUGA